AUGGCUUGGGAGUCCGAGGUGGAGGAGCUGGCGCUGGAGCUGGAGCGCACGCGCGACGAGCUGAAGCUGGCCAAGGCGCGCACCAAGCGCGUGCUGGGCGUGCUGACGCAGUCGGAGACCAAGGAGAAAGUUCAGCUGAUCGUGGGCCUGGAGAAGGCCCAGGCGGCGUGCGAGGCGGCGGAGCGGGAGCGGGCCGACAUGUCGGCCCAGGUUACCGGCCUCCUGGCCCAGCUGGAGCAGGAGCGCAGCCGCGUGCACCAGCUCACCACCCAGCUGCGGCGGGUCCAGGGCAACAAGCGGAGGGGGCAGAGCGAAAACGAAACGGCAGAAUCCGCCGAGUGAGUGGUUGUGGACGGGCGGACCGGGACGCGGCUGUGGACCGGGACGCGGCUGUGAACC